AUGUUCAAACAAGCUUAUAGAGUAUCUAGACUGACACAAAGGAGAUCAUAUGUAUUAAGUGGUGUUAGUAAUAGAAUUACAUUUAAUAAUUUUAAGAUUCAUAAUAAUGUAUUCAGGAGGCAAUUGAGUAUGACUAAAACUAUUUAUGAACCCCAGUCGUUAAGGUCCUCAUUACUAAUAAACAAUAUUACAUCAAAUGAGAGUGAUAAAGAUAUAGGGAAACAAACAGAUAGUGAUAACAAUCAAAAUAUACAGAAUAUCUUACAAGCGAAGAAUAAUAGUACAUUUGAUGAGGAAGAUGAAACUCCAAUCGACUUCAUGAACAAAUUGCCUGAGGAAUUGAUAUCUGGCGGAAACGGUUUUAAAUCCACGCUAGCAGAAAACGAAUUGGACACAUUGCAAUAUCAUGAAAUGUUAACAGCUAAUGGGUUUACUUCUGAACAAAGUCAAAUAAUCAUCGAUUUAAUGUUAGAGGUUUUGAAUGAAGAAUUUUUCAGGAAAUAUAACAGUAGGUUUUUAAGAACUGUAGAAUUAGAUAAUCAAUCACACUUAUUUCAUGUUGCAGAAACUGAGCUGCGGUAUACCAUUCAAAAUUCUAGAGAGACACAGUUGAAUGAUCAACAUCUCCAAGUUACAAAAUUAAGUAGAGAUCUUGACAGUUUGCAGGAUGAACUUCGUGAGUUAGCUAUAAAUUUUCUGGAAAAAGAUUCAAAAGUGGAUUUUAAUAAUCAAAAAAUUGAAAAUACUUCCUUACUUAAGGAUAUUAAAUUAGAAUUAGCAAAUUGUGACAAUAAAAUCAGUACCGCAAUUCUAGGGAAAACUAGAUCUGAAAUUGAACAUUUGAGAUGGUAUUGUACUAGAGCAGGAUUAUUCACUGUAAUUAUUUUGGUGUUGUUUGCGAUAUCUGGUAUAUCCAUAACACGUAAAAUAAAUGAACAAAAUGAUAAACCUAUCGAGGUUGUGUUGCAUACAGUCGAUAAGGAAGAGCAUGAAGAUAUUGCUGAUGAAUCAGCACCGAAAGCUGAAAAUAAUGAAGAGGAUUCUCAAAACUUUGAAGAAUAUUUUGGUACAAAAUUUGAUGAAUCAAAGAAAUAA